CCCUCCCUCUCCUUUUCUCUUCUCUUUUCAGAACCCUCAGAUGAUGGAUGCUGCAAGUUGUCAUGAUGAACUGGGAAAGAAUCUUCCUGCUUUUGAGAAGAAAUUAAACAUCUUGCAUAGAGAUAAAAACAGAAAUAGUGGAAUACAAUAGAGUGUCUGGAGGAGCAGAAAAAUACAGAUCAGGUAUUAAAUUUAAAUAAUAAAAACACUUAGAAUGAAGACAGAAAACACUCCAUCCUCAUGCCGAGAACAUACAUCAUUCCUUGGAAUUGAUCAAAAAGUGAAUGAGAUGUGUGCCGGCUGCAGCAACCCCAUUUCCGACCGCUUCCUUCUGAGAGUAAAUGACAGAUUAUGGCACGAAUGCUGUGUAAAGUGUGCAGCGUGUUUACAGAUCCUUUCUGGAACCUGCUACUUCCGCAACCGGCAACUUUACUGCAAGGAAGACUAUGAAAAGCUGUUCACCACUAAAUGUAACAGCUGCCUGAAAGCAGUAAUGCCAUCGGAGCUCAUUAUGCGCGUCCUCGACAAUGUCUACCAUGUGGCCUGCUUCUACUGCUGUGAAUGUGAGAAGAAACUGGAGCGAGGAGAUGAGUUUGUCUUAAAAGAAGGACAACUGUUAUGUCGCAGCGACUAUGAGAGGGAGCGAGAGAUGCUCAGUGCAUUUAGCUUAACGCCGGCUGGAUCAGUUAAAAGUGAGGAUGAAGAUGGAUGUCACACCCAUGGUAAAGGAAGCGAUGAUGCAAAAGAUGUUAAACGCUCAAAAAGACCAAGGACAAUACUGACCACACAGCAGAGAAGGGCAUUCAAAGCAUCAUUUGAGGUGUCUUCCAAGCCAUGCAGAAAGGUGAGGGAGACACUGGCAGCAGAGACAGGGCUGACUGUUCGCGUUGUUCAGGUUUGGUUCCAGAACCAGAGAGCCAAGAUGAAGAAGAUAGCACGGAGGCAGCAACAACAAGACCACGACCAGCUGGCAACACAACGCCUGGGAUCCACCUGCAGGAACCGUAGGAACAGCAGACAAAGCAAUGAAGACAGUGAAGAUGGUGGCAGUGGUAUAGAAGGUGUUAUUUUGCCAUACUCCAGAAUGGUCCAACAGUCUCUUCUUCCAUUGGAUCAGAGUGUCUUCAAUACAGACCUGUACAGACAGGGCCUCACACCUCCACAAAUGCCCGGGGACCACCUUCAUCCAUAUGUGACAGGGACACAUUUCUGGAGACAGGUAUUUUCUGUACUUGUUGAAAAUGGUCUUAGCCUGAAAAAUGAAAACGAAUGCAGCCAGCCACCAGAUCCAAAGACUAACACAGAUAGUGUUUUCCACGACAUGGACAGUGAAGGUUUGAAUUAUCUUGGAGGAUCUUUGCUGACAUCUUCAGAAAGCACCAACAUACAAGCCCGCAUUGGACCCAUUGACCGCCUGUACUCCAUGCAGAGCUCCUAUUUUGCCUCCUGACAUGAUAAAUGACGUGAUUUGUGGAUGCUUCAGAUGGUGUACUGGAAAAAUAUUUUCACAUUUGAAACAUGAACUAUACUAUAAAUAGAUUUGUCUGUUUUAGGUUUAGUAAUAAUUUCUAUUUAGUCCAAGAACAUACUGUACCUAUAUUGCAUGGUGCAAAGAUAAAUUCACGGCAUAGAGCAAUGACGUCACCAUGUUGCACUUGCACCUGUGAUGUAGCCAUGGAUAAAGAAAAUUGGAAGCCUCUAUGCAUAUUCUUGUGGAUGCUGAAGCUUCUGUUGAUCUCCAAAAGUAGGAAUAAUGUGUGGAGCCCCCAGAAUCCUGAAUGCGGGGUAGUGGACAACUUUUCUUGAGCCUUUGCCCAGCCUGCAGGUAGAGAGGCUUUGGUGAUGUAUUUGAGAUUCAUUUUCCCUAAUCUUACCUUACUAUGCAUUCACAUUGAAUUGAACGGAGAAAUAAUAGAAACAUUCACAAACUGAUCUCAUAUUUAUCUUGAAGUUGAUUUAAACUCUUUUAAAAUCUCAGCUGUAGCAAUGUUAAAGUAAUUUAAAAACGUAAGCUUCAAAAUUUUUAAAUCUUCAUUAAAAUGAUUUACUUGAUGAUCCAGUCACAAA